AUGUUUGCUCGCAGCGUGGGGUUGUCGCUCCUGGCUGCUCUCGGCGUCCAGGGCGCCCCUUGGAAACCGUCCGGGCCCCCGACUGUGACAGUCAAGAACGGUACCUACGUGGGUUUCCAUGAACCAUCCUAUGGCCAGGAUAUCUUCCUCGGUAUCCCUUAUGCUCAGCCUCCAGUUGGCGACCUUCGCUUUCGCGUCGCCCAGCCUCUGAAUGAGACGUGGGAAGGCACAAAGGCGGCAUAA